GUCCUGUACCUCGGCAUGUGCUACUUCGGCCCGAAGAUCAUGGCGAAGAGGAACGCGUUCGAUCCGAAGGGGUUCAUGCUCGUGUACAACGCGUACCAGACCGCGUUCAACGUCGCGACCGUGGCGCUGUUCGUCACGGAGCUCAAGCGCCUGAGCGUCGACCCGUGGGGCGGCCGACUGAAGUGGAAAAACCCGGAAUCGUUCCGCAUCUGCCUCGGCAUCUGGCUCCACUACAACAACAAGUACCUCGAGCUGCUCGACACCGUCUUCAUGGUCGUGCGCAAGAAGACCGAACAGGUGUCCUUCCUGCACGUCUACCACCACUGCCUCCUCAUCUGGGCGUGGUGGCUCGUGUGCUUCACGAUAAAAAACAACGAUUGCGUCGACGCCUACUUUGGCGCGUGCAUGAACGCGGGGAUUCACGUGAUCAUGUACUCGUACUACCUCAUGGCCGCGCUGAAGAUCGCGUGCCCGUGGAAGAAGUACAUCACCCAAGCGCAGAUGCUGCAGUUCGUGAUAUGUUUCGCGCACGCGGUGUUCGUGUUGAGAGACGGGCACUGCCCGCGCGUGUUGCCGUACUCGCAGAUGUUCGUCAUGGCGAACAUGCUCUACCUCUUCGGGCAGUUUUACGUCAAGUCG